UUAAUAGAAAAAUGUUAACAGAAUCAAAGGAGAAAAAUAAUACAACGACUACGUAUUUAGAUUUGUUCAAGUCAAAGAAAAUAUCGAUUAGAACACUAGCAGUAAUUUUCAUAUGGGUCACCCACGGAAUGUGCUUCUUUGGCAUCAACCAGUACUGUACGUUUUUGGGCUCCAAUGUGUUUCUCUCCGUGAUAGUUAUGGGCUUUAUUCAGUUACCCGCCUGCUUCGUCGCAACAUGGCUGAACAAAGUUUAUGGCAGGAAAGUAACUAUGAUAAGCAAUCUAGGGAUUACUGGUGUAACAAUGUUACUGCUGAUCUUUACUCAAAAGGAUCACUGGGCUGCAUUAACUUUGGGAAUCAUCGGACUAUGGGCAGUUAAUAUUACUUUCAACGUCUCCUACGUAUGGGUCUCUGAAUUGUUCCCUACUCCAUUAAGGAACAUGGCUUAUGGUAUGGGGUCUUCGGGAGCUAAGGUCGGAGCUAUGAUGGCGCCUUUCAUAGCAAAUCUCGGUCCUCAUUGGAUGCCAUCUUUAAUAUUCUCCACAAUAUCAUUUUUAUGUGUGGGCGCUUGUUAUGUUUUGCCAGAAACUAAGGGGAAAAACUUACAAGACGAUAUUAGUCAUACAGAUUAAUUAAA